GAGAAACGACAAAAUGCAAACCAAAAUUCUAAUUUUGAUUUCCCUGAUCAUUGUUGUUCGUUCAGAUGUAUUUGAGAUCUCUGAGCUAGCACCAGCCAGAUAUUGUGCUAAUGGAUAUCAGGCUGGCGCAGAUGGUCCUCGGUAUACUUUUAAAGCCAACUUUACAGGCGCCUAUUCACAGUUUUUUGGCGGUUCUUACCUACUACACGACGUGAUUUCUGGCGUUGGAAGACAAGAACCAUGUCUAAACAGUUCACGUGUUUAUUGUGGUACUCGUCAAGGGCCGUGCACUAUUAAUACAAGACAGAAGAGUUCUAGACUAUUCAUGCUUUUGCCAGAGUAUGGGUGCGAAUCUAGUGAUGCUUAUUUUAUGUUAAGUUGGUCCAUUACUAAAGAUAAUCGCACGAUUUAUGGCAAUACAAAUAGGCUGGAACUUGGUCCCAUAAGCAAAUAUCAUGUGGUCGGCUUUUAUAACCCAAAUGAUAAUGAUUUUGGAUACAGGAGAGAUCUGAUGCUUGGACAAAAUGGCUGUCAAAUUUAUGGUCCCCCGUUGGCCUGGAGAGGAAUCUCUACCUUACAAGUUUGUGCCUGUUGUGAGCCUGUUGCACGUAACAUGCGAGUGACUUUCGCUAAUUUAACAAUAUAUAACGUAGCCUUGCCGGCGAAUAACAGAACCUGUAUGGAAAUCGAGUAUCACUUCACUGGCGUCCCUUACUUCGUUAACGUAGACAUACCAACACCAAACGCAUACUGCGCCAGCGUAGGGAAUUUCUACUGCUGGGUCAACCCAAGGCAAUAAAUAAAGCUAGUCGAAAACGUAGAUGGAGACACGUCAAAUUCGAUGUUUAAAAAGACGCGCAUAUUUUGGAAGCUUGUAAAUUAAUUCAAAUUGCUGAAGUAAUAAAUUUUAACUUUGUUAAUUGUAUUGAAAAAUAAAGUCCGUGU